GAUGUUAGGAGAUAUUUUUUUCCGAAACAAAAUAAAUUGGAAGUUGAAUAGACAUCUAGACAAGAGUUACAGUAUGAUGAGUAUGCAAUUCUUAGGCCUACAUCGCGUUGUGUGAAUAAUGGCUGGUCUGGAGGAGCUUGGUAUCCCGGGGGGAGAAUUUCUCCGGGAGUCUCUCACAAACUGCGCCGACCCUCUCGCUGCUAUAGAGGAGUUCCAAACGGACAAUGGAAUUCUGUUACCAUCAUUAAGACCUGCAUUGCCCUUCGUAGAUUUACAUGAUAUUAAACGCCUUGACUUUCAUUCUUCGGUUCUGGAGGAGUUAAGAGAGAGACUGGUACAGCAGAUUUCUGAUGUGGCUUCUGGAGAAGAUGAAGACAGAUACAAAAAGCUAGAGAGUCUUUUGGAGAAAAGUUUUCCUGUUAUUAAAGUGAAGAGUCUCCGACCAGUUGUAAUGGCCAUCCUAAAGCACCUGCCGAAAAUCAAGGAUGAGUAUUUAGAAAAAAUAUUAGAGGAUAAGGAGCUGUAUGGUGAGGCAGCCACUGAGGUGAAGCGGCAAAUUUGGUCGGACAAUCAGGCAUUAUUUGGAGAUGAAGUCUCUCCUUUAUUAUCGCAGUACAUCAAAGAAAAAGAGAAUUCUCUGUUUUCCCAUGAAAACAGUUCCCAGACUUUCUUCUUAGCAUCACCAAAAUUACGAAGACAGAGUGAAGUUGUUCAACGACUUGCUGAUAUGGUUGGCAAAAAUGUUAAAUUGUAUGACAUGGUCUUACAGUUUUUGAGAACUCUCUUUCUUAGGACAAGAAAUAUGCAUUACUGUACACUUAGGGCAGAACUUCUGAUGGCCCUACAUGACCAGGAGGUCAACGAUAUCUGUUCCAUUGACCCUUGUCAUAAAUUUACGUGGUGUGUUGAUGCCUGCAUAAGGGACAAAUUUAUUGAUAGCAAGAGGUCGAGGGAGCUUCAGGGAUUUCUUGAUGGAAUACGAAGAGGACAAGAAUUUGUUCUAGGCGAUUUAUCCAUGGUUCUUUGUGAUCCAUUCUCAAUGAAUACAGUUGGUCUCUCGAUGAUGAGAAACUUACAGCACUGCAUCAACAGUGAACUCCUACCCAGGGAGAGUACUGAGAUCGGUCUGUUGGUGAGGAUGAUGGGGCUGGGACUGGGUUCCUGGGAUAUGAUUGACAGUCAGCUGUUCAGAGAACCCAAACUGGAGUCGUCUCUGUUCACCAAGUUUUUACCGAUGAUUUCCUCCCUGAUGGUGGAGGAUCAUGCCAGGCUGCUGAUUGCCAAGUUACCAGAGGAACCCCCCCUCAGCGCCACCCCACCCUCUGACCUCUUCCUGACCUUUGUUAAGGAGAACCCUAUCGCUAGCUUCACAACCCUAUAUUACUCCCUACAGGUGACGAGGAUGAAGGACAGAACAGCAGCGUGUAACAUCCUCCCUGUCCUGGUCCACUGUGAGAACGAGCGAGCGUACGAAGACACCUUCCUUCACUCUCUCAUCUCGUUCCUCAUCGCCAUGUCUGAAGAAUUCGCUCACGACGACUUCUGCAGUGUCGUCUUUGAUGAUUUUCUUCUGCCUGGUAUAUCUCGGGAAAAUGUUCUGCGUCAUCUUCUUCGUCUGUUAUGGUACAUCCAUCCCAAGGUGCCCUCUGGUCGAUUACAAGCCGUGCUGGACAGCACACAGCCAAACAAUGAGCAUAGUGAUUGUGUUCACACCACAUAUCAUCAACUGACAGAGAAAAUAAAUGCGUAUCAACCAAGUCCCGCUACUCCGCAAGAACAGCUUGACUCGCCACUGAUGAGUGUGCCAACCCCGGCUCCCCUGUAGGUCAGCGGGACGCGCCCCUGUAUUUACGUCAGCGGGACUCUCAGUGUGUCCACACCUACUUCAAUACAGGUCCGGAGGAGAGAGAAGUGGUCAGAGCUCCUGUACACCUGCAGAACCUUGACACAGUUGUGAAGCAUUCUAUUUACUAGUUUAUUUAUGCCAUUUCAAAUGGACUUCAAGGAAUUCAGUAAAAAUAAUUAUGCUUUUGCCAUAAAAUUUUUCAGGGAAAUAUUUAUGUCUUUUCAUCUGUUAUUCUGUCUUAGGUUUUGUUUUUUGUCUUGCUUGUAGAUAAUGAGCUGAUUUUUUUUGUAUGUCUUUUAUAUUGAUGACUAUCAGAUCCAAUGUUUGAUACUGAUUAAUCUAUUUACACUACAGUUAUUGCCUUUAGACUUAAAAAAAAAUACUUUUGGUUGUUAUUUCCUGUUUUUCAAGCCUUUUUGCUAGUAAGGAUUAGUUGAUUUUUACUCUGGUGACUUAAACAUUGAGUUUGAGUUUCAGGUAAAUAAACCAAUUAAUGCUCACCAGAGUUAAGAAAUCUCGAGUUAUUCAUGGUUUUUCCAACUUUAAUCUCAAGUACUUGAAAGUAACAAACAAUAUAUUUUGUUUCUGUUUCGCAUUUCCCUCUAUAUUAUUUCAAUAUCCACUUACUUUCAAAUUCUGAGAACUUCAAUGUUGGCGAGGGCAUUUUUAUCAUGCUGACAUAUGAAGUUAUCCAGUGGAUGUGUUUAUUGCAAUGGUCAGAGAUUUUAUUCACUGCAUUGUAUAGAGUUUUGCAAAAUAUGAAAGUAAGAAGUUGGAAAAUUAAAAAAAAAAACUUGAAUGUAAGGAUUUUUAAUAGAUGUUGCAUUUUACUUGUU